AAUCUAACAAAUGCGCGAUCUAUUCAGGACAUUGGAAAAAUUAAAAAGUGAAACAGUCAUGGAAUAUUGUGAAGAAUUUAAUGGCAUCAAAUCGGUGUUGGAACAUUGUAACAAACAUGUCAAGCCAUUCAAUAAAGUCUAUUUUCGAGGAGGUAAUGAGGCAUUCAUAAAUGAAUUGGUGAGACGUUUACAAGAAUAUUUAACCGAGGCUGGAUUGGUGGAUAAAGAAACGAAGAAACCCUUGCCGGAAAAGGGACAUAUUAUGAGGAAAAUAUUAAUGUUUCUCAUGUUCAAUACAGAUGCCACAUAUAAAUAUGAUUUACGUAGUGAUCAAAAUAUUGUCCAUGUCUUGGAAAUAUGUCCAUUGCUGCCGAAAUUUAUGCUCGUCACCUUGGUGUGGGAGCUAUAUUUGGAUCAAUAUUUUAAUGAGAUGUUAUCCUAUGCACCAUGUUGGUUUUCAUUUCAAUAUUUUGAACCAGCCACAGAUUCUCUAAAAUAUAUCGAUGAUGCCUUUGAGGUCCUGGCCAAAGUUGAACAACUUCUAAAGGCAAUAUUUAUAUCAAUCACUCGUUCGGAACUGAGAAUAAUGGAUAGUGUGGAUACACGGAUAAUUUAUAAUAAACUAUAUGAUUAUGCCAUGAAUCUAUUGCGGCUCUUUUAUACUCCCGAUGCUGAGAAAUUUAAAAAUUUCAGUAAGAAAAAAAUGUAUAAAUAUUCAGGGUUUGCCUUGAAGCAUUUGCUGCAAAUGGUCCUCUACGCAUUUGAUGUCUAUGAAAAUGGGGAUUUAGCAAAUCCCGCGGAAGAUUGGCCGGAAUAUGAUAUUUGUCAACAGCCAUGUAAGAAGGUAAAUGGCAAUGUUUCCACAGCGGAAAGUAAAGAGUUAAAGGAACAGCAAAUGAAAAUAAUUACCGCCCUUCUAAAUGCUCUACAAAACAAUGUGCUGCUGGUGAAAAUUGAUAUUUUCAUAUAUUGGGUUGAAAUCGAUAUAAAUGAUAAACAAACCCUACAAGAGGUGGUGGGUGAAAUGGCAUAUCGCGUGGGCGAGAGAAUGUUGAAAAAUAAAACCUUUGGUCAUGAUGUCCAACAGCAGCUGAAGGUCAUUGAAAUACGUCCCCGAACUUUGGAAGAAACUGUACAAGAGGCUCGUAUUGGCGACAUACUCAAUGCUCUCGAUGAUCAAUCACUUGACUAUAAAGUUCGACGAGCCUGGUUUAAUGAACUCAUCAACCGCACUGUUGUGGCUCUCGGCAACGAUGAAUGUCUGCAAACGAUUAAACAAAACAUUAAACUAAUGUCCGUGGAAAAUUGCAAACAAAUAUUAGAUUUUAUAAAAUUGGAAAUAAUACGCAAUCAUAACGAAGAUUUAAAUGAUUCGAAUAUUGACACCAAACCGAAUAUAGAAAAUAUGGAUAUUGAUCCGGAGGAUUAUGAAGAACUGUCCGAGCUAGUUCUCUUGGCAAUGGAAAAUUUCAAUGAAGAUCACAUUCUCGAUAUACUCAACUACCAAUGUAAACUCUUUGGUUAUGAAUCGACGCUGUUUGCACGUUCCGAUAUCACCAAUCGUAGUACAGAAUUCUUUAAUAAAUGUGCUGCAGCCGACACAAGUGAAUUUGAUAUGCAACAAUUUCUUCUACUCACCUUUGAACAGGCGCAAUUGUUGUGGCAAAAUUUCUUUGAAUGUGCAUGCCACAAUCUGCAGCACAUCAGCAAUUAUGUCAAGGCCGUAAAACGUUGUCGCCCCUUAUCCAAUAAUUAUUUCCGACCUCAAUUAAUGGCAGCCUUCAAUGAUUUAUCAUGUCUGGAGCAGCGUUAUUUCCCUGCCCUGCUAUGUGAAAUAUAUUUUACACUCUAUUACCCGGAUAAUAAAACGGAAUUCCUAAAGCAAAUCAUCCACAAACAAGUUAAUCAAUUUUUGGAUAAUCAACAAUUUACCUAUCUACUGCCAUUGGUGAAAUGUUUGAAUUUAAUUAAUUCCUACGGGGAAUCACAAUCGAAUAAACCAUUGAAUUUUGGUGAAAUAACUGCUCCGGUACUGCUGAUGGCUGCACAAAUUAUGGAUAAGGCGCGUUGGGAUUUGAUAACUUAUACAGAUGUACGAGAUGAAAUUGUGCGAGAAUGUAUUCAAUUUAUCCAGAAGACAUCGAAGAAAUUUCUACCAAAUGCCACGGAGAAGGAUCGCAAAUGGAUAACCAAAGUCAUUAAGGAUUCAUAUAAACCCUUAACACAAUACUAUUUUCAAAAAUAUUCAAUGACACCCGAUCAAAUACCCAUAGAAUUUGAUCGUUUUCUAAUACGGCUGGAUAUCGAGGAUAAAUCCGAAGCGGAAAUGUUUCUCAUUAUUAACUACGUCCGCUGUACCAUGAAAGAAACCGAAUGGCUGGCACGCAGCGAACGUCUUCUGCCACACAUUUCCGAUGUUAUGAUCAUCUUGAGCGGUGUCGUUAAUGAAACUGAAAAUCCCAAUGCCAUUAAUAAUUAUCGUCAUUGUUUGGCCAACUAUGCAAAUAUUGUCCAACGAUUUUUGCUACCCCAAAUCGAAGAUGAUAAUAAGGCAAUUGAAAAGUUGGAAAUUAAAGUGUUGAAAAUUAUCUCCUCAGCACCGGAACAAAUCUAUGAGGAGACAUUCAUGAGUUUUGAAUCGCUGCUAUUGGAUAUAGUACGUAAAUGUGGACGACCCUUAGAGGAGAGUAUUUCGAAGAAUAUACAGAAAUAUGUGGACACCAUGAAGGAGUGCAGUGCCAAGCAAAUAUUUUUGGAUAAAUUCAAGGCAUUGGUGGUGGAAAUGUCUUAA